AUGGCGAUCUGCAGUCUCCUGCUUCUACGGCGCAUGCCAUUCGGCGAUGCGCUUGAUGCGUCCACCUCGUCCUCGUUCUACAACCCGACUCGCAGGCUUCUCAGCGCGGAGGGAGGAGAUGCUCCGGUCCUCUCUGACGAUGUUCGCGUUGGCUUCGGGCCGGGUGGUCGCAUCCAGAGGGGACCGAACACUCCGUCUCGCUCAUCCGUCUUCGCCAACCGCACACGCGCCUCUACUGGUACUCUCUUCCAGUCCAGCAAGCUAGGUGGUGGACAUAUCGAAGAGGCGUCGAGGCGGUGCCCGGACGCCGGCGGCCAUGUGAGGAUGUGGCAGCUGCGAAUCGCGUUCGGCCCCCAGCUUCAACAAGAACGGUCUCUCGGCGGGACGACUUACCGGUGCGACCCAUUGGCGGUCACGGCAGCCCCUGUACAUUGUGGAGGCGGUCUACCUCCUCGCGAGCCUCGAGAGCAGCACGAGCUUCCGCCUCUCCAAGCACAAAAGAGGUUCCAGCUAUUCCUCGGAGUCGUGUGGGAGUCGCAGUGUACGCCCUCCUUCUCUGGCCCGCGUCGUAUCCAUCGUAGGCGGCACGCGAUCUCGCUCGAGCUCAGGCUCAACCUCGCAUGGAACCAUUGGUACACGCCGCUCAGGCGGCUCAUCUUCCAGGACUGCCUGCACCCUUGUGGGUAUUACGACAUGCUGCACGAAGCGACUGCGAGCAACCACUUUUAA